AUGGACCCCAGAGGUUUUCUUCUCUUUGGUGGUGUGAUACUUGCCUUGGACGAUGAGGUGAACAGCUCUGUUUUGACCAAUCGUGACUUUGUAAAUAUUCCUGAUGUUUACACCAGCUUGGUACUCACCAGUCGAGCAUGUCAAUCCAAAAAAAAUUGUCGGGAAAAUCAAGAACAUCGAGAUUUCUUCAUGUGGGAUCGAGGAGACAAGAACACUUACAGACUCAUCAAAGUUACAGAAGGCGAGAAGUUAACAUUUGAAUGUCAAUCCCUCAGCCCAACAGGCGUGACAGUUACAAAGAACAACCAAAUUGGACAAGUAAGUCAAAUAGUGAUAUCCAGUGAGGCAUUCAAUGACUGUCUUGAUGAUUUCUCUCCUUCCUGGGCACCACAACCCACUCCUUCUAUUUGGACAUUCCAAGAAGAGGACUUCACAAUCAAUCAUAAUUCACGGGUCACAACACCUUUCACCCCUAUGCCUCUUCAGCUGGGAUCGAUGGCACCAGGUCUGGUCCAAGCUUUGAGUGUCUUCAUGUUGAACCGGAUGAAACUGUCACUUCGUUUCACCGGUUCAAAACGGGAAAUUUCCAUUGAUGAGAGGGAUCAAACAGCUGAUCUUAGUGGUAUCAGCUGA